CUAAACCCUCAACAUCGUCUCCUCCUCUCAGCUGAACUCCAUCUACAGUCCGCAUACCCCUACCCCCGUCUUCUCCGACCGCUCAUUUCACCCACCACUAAGCCCAGCCUUCAUCCUCAUCGUUUUGCUUCAUCGUUCCAUCAUGCCCGAUAACGCAGAAAGCCAAUUUAUUAGCCUUGAAAUCAUCGGCGCAAAAAAUCUUCAAGUCCCUUCUGAGCGCAUACCCGCAGGCAUUUACGUGUCCAUCAAUGUCGACUCAAGGAGACGCUGGAAAUCAGCCAUCAGCAUCUUAUCAUCCGACAAAUCCGUAGCGUCGUCUCGCGAGUCACCUGCUUUAUCAAUGGAGAUUAGAGCGUCCUUUGAGCUCGAUCGAACGCUGGGCAAUGGCGAAAUCAUCGGAAGACUUCAAACAUCGUGGGAUGAGUUGCUCGAUCAUGGAGAUGAACCAUUCGAACUGUCCUUCCCACCCGUUCGUGGUGUCAAGCCUUCGCUCAUGCUGAAGGCCACUAUUGUACAUGCUAGCGAUAAUCAGGACGGCGCACUGCUUGACUCCCUCGUAGACUGCGAGAUUGCUCGAGAAACAGAUGCGGGCCAUGUACGAUUCUCCAGAUACAUGAGACACGAGAGGGUCUCUCACCUGAACGGUGCUGUAGAGCGUUUUCAGUUGGUUCUGGACCGCUGUCCGGUCGACCAUCCUGACCACGCAGCGGCUCUCACCAACCUCGCGUGGGCCCGCCUUCAAGGCUACAUUCAAAACGAUCUGCAAGACAUUGAUACCACCACUUCCCUCUUCCGCGAAGCCCUUGCAUUGCGUCCGCAGGGCCAUCCCAACCACACAUUAUCUCUCUUUCAUCUCAUUUUCGCAUUGAUCUGGCGCUACAGCAAGGAGCGCACCAGCGUCUUCAUUCACGAAUCUCUGCAGCUGUGCUGCAAGCUACUGCCCCUCUCUCCAGAGGGCACCUACCUUUGUAGCACCGGCGUAGACAGUGCGGUCGAUUAUGUGAUUGCCGAAUGCAACAAUAUUCCGAUUGGUGCAUCUGACGAAGGCAUCCACAUUCAACGAGUCGUGCUCGAGUUCCGCCCACUGGGCCAUCAACGCCGUCCCAUUACCCUCACCGCUCUUGCACUCGCACUCAAAGCACGCUUUAGAGACCGCGGCAGCAUUGAUGAUCUAGAAGAGAGCAUACAACUUGGUCGUGAAGCCGUUUCUCUGUGCCCCGAGGGACAUUGUGACCGAGGUACCUGCCUGAACAACUUGGCCUCCUCACUCCAAUCCCGCUUUGAUCACCAAGGCAAAUCUCAUGACCUCGACGAGGUCAUCUCCAUGCACGAAGAAGCGCUGCGCCUGUCGCCUGUUGGGCACAAAUUUCGUGAUUUCUCAUUGGACAACCUAGGGUGCGCCCUCCGCACCCGUUUCGUCAAACACGGUGACGUUGAUGACAUCAACCGAGCUGUCAGCCUCUUUCGCGAGGCACUGACGUUGCGCCCACCUGGGCAUCCACGUCGUGACACCACGCUUAACAACCUUGCCCUCGCGCUCGACACCAGAUAUGACAAAUUGCAUGUCAUCGAGGAUCUUAACGAGGCCAUUGAUCUGUAUCGCGAAUCUCUUCGUUUAAAGCAGCUUGAUGAUCCAGAGCGCCAUAGGAUUCUUUUCAAUUUGAGCUCGGCGCUCUGCUCUCGAUUCACGCAAACUCGGGAGAAUGAGGAUGUCGAGGAGGCUAUUCGACUCUGCCAAGAGUCGUUGGUGGUUUUGCCUUUACUGCACCCGGAUAGAUACUUCAGUUUGAUGCGGCUGCAGGAAGCCUAUCUGUCUCGUUACCAGGUACAACACAACCCCACUGAUUUGUCGCUCGCUGUAGAGAACUACAGACUCGCGUCACGACACCCCACUCAAGGAUUCCCACAACGCAUCAUUCAGGCAUAUUAUUGGACUGUCACAGCAGAGCAGCAUGGUGAUGGAUCCACACUGGAGGCUUACUCAACAUUUUUCGAGCUUCUGGAUGCUCAUUUGGGAACACGAUCAUCAACCACCUCUCGCCGCGAAGCUGCCUCUGCCUUCCAUUAUGCCAGAUCACUUCCUGUAAAUGCAGCAUCAUGUGCCAUCCGCAGUGACAAUCUCCGACGCGCAGUCGAACUUGCGGAGCAGGGCCGUGGCCAACAGUGGUCGUUGGCCUCCCGACUCAAGACUCCAGUUGAAGAACUCGAAUUGGGACAUCCACAUCUAGCCCGCAAAUUUUCGGAGCUGAGCAAGCGCGUUUCCAACGCCGCUCAGGGUUCUGCAACCAUCACCGACAGAGCUGCAGCUGAAGUAGCAGAAACAAAGUACAGGAAAACUACGAUGGAAUGGGAAGCCGUGGUAGCUGAAAUCCGUAAUCUUCAAGGUUUCUCGCGGUUCCUACUUCCACCUUCGUACAAAGACUUGCAAGUUGCAGCUCGCAAUGGCCCAGUCAUCAUCCUCGUUGCCAGCAAAUACUCGUGCAGCGCCAUCAUUGUCCCGACGUCAGGAGAGCCCCACCAUGUCCACCUCCUGCGCAUCACUCUACCACAUCUAGAGAAGCUCAAAGACGAUUUUGCUACGGCAAUCCGGCAUACGGCUCGUAUGCGCCCAGAGGAGCCGAGGAAGAAAUUGCGAGUGCUCUUGCGGAUAGUGUGGGACGAGAUCAUGCUACCCAUCGUUAACAUCCUCCAGCAUGACCUGAAAUUGCGCCAUCGCUCUCGAAUAUGGCUGUGUCCGACGGCAGCCUUCACGUCCAUCCCUCUCCAUGCAGCUAAUCCCUUUCGAAUGAAUGCAGAUCGCUCUGGGAGCGAGCCAUGCCUGGAGGAUCUCUACAUCUGUUCUUAUACACCCACACUUUCAGCUCUUGUUAGAGCUCGGCAGGCGAUGAAGACGCGUGGAACUCCGUCCUUCGCGGCGAUCGGACAAAGUCAACCAGGCGCAGGGCAAGGCGACGUGCUCCCGGCUGUUGACAGCGAGCUUGAGCUUGUCCAUACACUCGUUCCUCCCAACGUCAAGUUCACUAAUAUUUCGAAAGACGAAGCCACACAAGCAGGUGCGCUCAACGCUUUGCAGUGCAACACCUGGGUGCACCUCGCUUGUCACGGCAAGCAAGACCUCGAGCAGCCUUAUAACUCAUGUUUCUCCAUGAGAGACAAACCCGUUACGCUGCUCGACAUCAUGGAGAACAAUUCUCCACAAGCUGAAUUUGCAUUCUUGUCAGCAUGUCAUACCGCCGUCGGCGAUGAGGAGACACCCGACGAAGCUAUCCACCUCGCAGCAGGACUCCAGUUUUCGGGGUUCAAGACCGUCGUUGGCACGCUGUGGGGGGUCAGUGACGUUCUAGCAAAACACGUCGUGGAAGCUUUUUACGAGAAGAUGUUUGAAGACCUGGAGGAUGGUGUCAUAGACUGUACGAAGGCAGCUUGGGCACUCAACCGUGCUACACACGCUGUGAAGACAAAGGUACCGCUCGAGCAGAGGAUGGUUUUCAUUCAUAUCGGUGUGUAGUUCUACGUACGUCGUAUUCCUUCGUCUCGUACAUAUUCGCAAGUUGUUUAUCUGUGAUCGUCUUUCAUCUUUUUUUUUGUCGACAUGACCCUGAUACUCUUGCAUUCCUGUUAUCUCGCUUUCAUACGCUCUCUCGUGUUAUUUUUCCCUAGAAUAUUUACCUGAUGUUUUGUGUACCCUGGUCGUUCGCAGCUUCGUCUUCUACUUGAGUACAUUGUACGAGCUGACUCA